AUGCUUAAUGCAGAGAACUUCUUCAUUAGUAUCAACUAAGCUCUCAAGCAAUUUAGGGAAUAUGAUUUAAUUCAAUGCUAGAGUGCAUAUAGAAGAAUUUAAGAGGGCAAAAGUGGUUAUAAAGGUGAAGAUUAUGAUAAGAAUCUGGGUCAAAGAGUAUUCGACAUAACUACUAAGAUCAUUUCAGCUCUUGAUAUUGUGUCUAUGGGCAUAUAAUCAGUUGAUUAGCUGACUCCUUAUAUCCGUGAUAUUCAAACUGCACUCGGUAAUUACCCUAAUUUACCCCCUCAAUUCGGUGGUACUAGCAUCAUAAAAAAAUGGAUUGAUACUCUUUCCACCAAAUAAGCUACUGACGAUUUGAACGAGAACGAGAUCAGACAACUUAAGUUCGACAUUGACAGUGUUAUGAAUCAAUUUAAUGAUCUUCUCGGAUCCAAAUGA